UGUGGAUUAAUUUUUUGAGUAGAGAACAUACGAUUUUGUGUGACUAAAAAUGGGUAAAAAUUCUACAAAGAUCCAGAAAAAAGGACCUUGUGCAUUCCAGGUCGCAGUUCUAAAUGAGAGCCUGACAGCCUACCGGGUUAAAUAAAGACUACCUGGACAAUGGCAACAACAAGAUGGCGAUCCAGCAGGCUGACAAACUGCUGAAGAAACACAAGGACCUGCACUGUGCCAAGGUGUUGAAAGCCAUCGGUCUGCAGCGAACAGGAAAGCAGGAUGAAGCAUUUAGCCUGGCCCAGGAGGUGGCGACACUCGAACCCACCGACGAUAACUCAUUACAGGCUCUCACUAUACUGUACAGAGAGAUGCACCGCCCUGAGUUGGUGACUAAGCUGUAUGAAGCUGCGGUGAAGAAGGUUCCCCUCAGCGAGGAGUAUCACUCUCACCUGUUUAUGGCCUACGCCCGUGUUGGAGAGUACAAGAAGAUGCAGCAGGCGGGGAUGGCCUUGUAUAAGACCGUUCCUAAGAACCCCUACUACUUCUGGUCUGUCAUGAGUCUGGUCAUGCAGGCCAUCUCUGCGCAGGAUGAGAAGUUGGCCCAGACCAUGUUCCUGCCCCUGGCUGAACGCAUGGUAGAGAAGAUGGUGAAGGAGGAGAAGAUCGAGGCUGAGGCUGAGGUUCAACUGUACUUUAUGAUCCUGGAGCGGCUGGGGAAGUAUGUGGAGGCUCUGGACAUGGUCCGCGGUCCACUGGGAGAGAAGUUGACCAGUGAGUUGCAGAGCAGGGAGAAUAAGUGUAUGAUGAUGUACCAACGACUGCAGCUCUGGCCUGAAUGCAACGCUCUGUCCUACAAGCUACUGCUCAAAAAUCCUGAUGAUUGGCAGUUCUAUCUCUCCUACUUUGACUCUCUUUUCCAUCUCAUGGACAAGUCCUGGAGCCCACCUAAUGAGGAAGAGCACUGUGUGGAGGGUCCAGUGCAGACCACUGUGGCAGAGGCAGUGAAGUUUGUGGUGGACAGGAUGGAGGAGGAGGACAAGAAGGAUUCUCGUCCUCUCAGAGGUCCCUACAUGGCCUGCCUGGAACUCAUACACAGACUGAGACAGAGGGGCUGUCCUGAUGAGAAAGAGCUAGGAGAUCCGUUGGAGUUGAUGCUUCAGUUCUUUGGGAAGUUUGGAGACAAACCCUGCUGUAUUACAGACCUGAAGAUAUAUUUACACCUACUUCCCCCUGAGCAACACACACAGUUUAAAAACCGUCUGGGGGAGUUGGUUCCGUUGGGGGAGGUGGGUGAGGAUGGCUUUGGGUUUCCGGGGGAUACGAAGGCGUUGCAGAGACACCUGUGUGUGUGUCAGCUGAGCCGGGUGCUGGGACUGCAACACACUCUGGACACAGAGGGCAAACUAUGCCUCAUCACAGAACUCAAAGCCCACUACCACUAUGGACUACAGUUUGGGAAGUCUUGUCUGAAGACAGAGCUCCAGUUCUCUGAUACGUACUGUCUCAUGGUCGCUCACGUCUACAUCGACCUCUGGACAGAAACUGGCGAUGAGAACAUGCUGUGGCAGUGUCUAGGAGUAUUAGAGGAGGGUUUGUCCUACAGUCCCUCCAACGCUCAGUUCAAACUACUGCUGCUGCUUCUUUUCUGUCACCUCGGAGCCUUCCAGCCCGUAGUGGACCUCUACUCCAGUCUGGAUGCCAAGCACGUACAGCACGACACCAUAGGGUAUCUGUUAACUCGUUAUGCAGGGUCGUUGGGGCAGUUUGCUGCAGCCUCCCAGUCCUAUAACUUCUCCCUCAGGUUUUUCCACUCCAACCAGAAAGAUACCUCAGAGUACAUAAUCCAGGCCUAUAAGUAUGGAGCGUUUGAGAAAAUCCCAGAAUUCAUAGCAUUUAGAACCCGGCUCAACCAAUCUCUGCACUUUGCUCAGGUCCGCACCGAGAGGAUGUUACUGGACUUGUACACCGAGGCUGACAUCACAUCAAGUCUGGAGGAGAGUGUGAAGGCGAUGGGUCUGUGUCCUGAGGAGGAUGACAUUCCCUGGGACAACAUGAGGGACAACAGAGACCUGACGGUCCUCUUCAGCUGGGACCCCAAGGACCGGGAGCUGACUGAGGAGCAUCGUCGUCUGUCUCUAGAGGAGGAGUCUGUCUGGUUAAAGGUUCGCUCUCUCACGCUCCGCCUCCUCGCCUCAUUGGCUCUGCUCAGACACGCGCCCUCAUCACGGAACUCUGAUAAGACCAAUGAGAAUGGUGUAUCGGCCAAAAGCUCCACCCUCCAGACCCUCCUCUCCCAGCUAGACCUGACACUACAGACCGCAGCCCAGAUCACAGAGAAACAGACACAGUACCCGUUCCUGGGCCCUCCCUCCUCCCGCCUGGCCUCUGCUCUGUCUAGUGGCAGCUGUCACUGUCAGGCCUCUGCUCUGCAACUAUCACUGACUCUUCAGGAACUAGAGACCACUGGACUGGACGACUCGUCAGAACUCCAAACCCAGAUCUGUAACUCCUUCAAAUCAUUAAUAGUACAACUCCAAGAGCUGUUAUCCAGAUGUAAAGGAGAAGUGUUGCAGAUGAAAAACAGCAGAUUGAUGACCCAGCCCUCCCUGUUAGAAACACUGGUCUUCUUCGUCGAGACUGUGUGUGUGGUGCUGUGGGUGGCCAGUUACUCUGCCAGCGUCCUGCGACCUCUCAAGUCCAGCCUACAGAAGAAGAAGAAGAAGAAAAAGGACAGCAGCGCAGCCAUGCCAGUGGUGCUGAGUGGCUUCCAGGAGUGGACAGGCAACCUACAGGGCAUUGUGGCCCAGGCUCUAGAUCACGUGAAGGGGCAGGAGGCCAGCCUGACAGCCCUCAAACUAGCAGCACUCACCUUGGGGGUGGGACACGCACAGACACAGGAGGAGUGUGGAUUCACCAGAGCAGCCAUGGACAAGGUUCAGACUAGUUAUCUUGGUUCGCUGCAGGAGCUGGGAGAUCUACUGAGGAAGAGAGCUGAUUCGCUGAAGAGCCUCAAGUUCUGACCAGCAAUUACCAUCACCCUUCAAUCAAUAUUGUCAUACCUAAUUAUCACUAUUAUACUGGAUCACCUCAUCUAACUGCGCCCCCCCCCCCCCCCCCACACACACACACAGAGCCGUCUCCCCCUGCUCCUCUCAAAGGAGGUGUUGCCUGCUACCAACAGUCUUUCACUUCGCCUUCCCUCUCCUUUUCCACAUCUCCCUCACUCUGGGUGUCACUUUAUAUAACACAGGACUCCCACCAUCACUGCGCUCUCUCUCAGCAAGGAACUACAGAUAUUUCCGCUUUAUUAUAUGUGAUAAUGUCACAGAGAAGCUCCUCAAACAUACUAAAUAAGCAAUUUUAGAUCUACUCUAAUAAAUGAUUGUACAUAGUCCGCAGAUGACAGAUCAACUACCACAGCAACAACUCCUUGACUGAAAUAAGAACUAAGCAACAUUUUCCCCUUAGUUGUUUUUUCCCAGCCUCUGUUGCUUCCAUGGUGACAGAUGAGAAGAUCUGCUCCUGUUUUUCAUGUUGGUCUCCCGAGCCUGACCUGGCAGCCCACUGUUGUCAGUGACACUCUUCUGCUCGUAAGAACAAAUGGGGCAGAGAUGGUGCUUAGCUUACUGUAUGAAAACGAGGACAGCUGAACAAAGAGGGUUCUUGGUGUAUUGUACAAGGAAGGAAAGCUGAACGCGGCCCCAACUCUUGGCUUUUAGCCAGCAACCUGAGAAAUGAGUUGUCUGCACCCCUCUCCGGGCAACCAGUGACUUAAUCGGUCAGUUUAGAGCAGAUGAGUCUACUACAAGGUAGGAUCAAAGAGUUAGCCAGCUAACUUGCCUAAAUAUAUAUUUUUUUAAAGAUGAGCUUAGUCUAAUUGACUCAACCACAUAGAUGUUUAGCUUUCUUAAUGAACCUGGUUAUCAAAGUUAGCUGGCUAACUCAUUGCACCUCUGGUUGGUUUCCUCACCAGUUCAGGCCUUUCAAUCCCAAACUCCCCUUUAGUUUGCUUUGUUUGAAACCCUCUGUAGUUAUUGGAAUACCUGAAUCUGAAAAGUAAUGUAUUUGCAUUCUGUCGGUGGAAAGUAUAUGUAGCUUGCCUGGUUUAGUUAAAAAUGGACAAGUCAGUGGAUGGUUUGUUUUAACACUGUAGGAGAGAAACCAGACAAACCGAUAGUUAUGCAACCUGUUUAUUCAGAGGCGCUGGUGUUAAAUGCUGUGGAAACAGUUCUCUGACAAUGGCUGAAACCCAAAGUUAAGAUAUCUAAAUGUGAAGGAGACAACCAACGUGUCCGAUUUGCAAUGAAGAUGGGAAAUGUUUUUGAAAUAGUCCUUCAUUGUCUCUUCAGGGUGCAUCUCUCUGCAAUGAUCUCCCGCAAUUCAUUUCACUAACCAAAACUGUCAAUGGCCGUGUUCGAGAGCAUCAAAUAUGACUCAUUAUUAGAUCGGUCACAAUUUACCAAUGAUAUAUUGCGGUUUUGAUCUUCUCUAACAUAGCCGUUGUUUCUUAACAUUGCUCGUUUAUGGCAUUUCACCUAGCAUUGUGGAACGGUCUAAAAUGUGUUCUAAUCAAUGCAUUUCUAACUGGAGGCAAACUAAGGGCUCUAUUCAGUGUGAUUGACAUUAAGGCAAUGUUCGAGUUAGUGCAUUUCCACAUCUUUGGGGCGAGGGAGCAUGGACAUGGUUGGAUCAAAUUUGGGGAAAGCUGAAUUUUAUGCAAUUCUGUGAUCUCGCAACGCUAUUAACCAAUUAAAGCUCACUAUAACUUCCAGCCCCUAUUGGAUUGGCAGUUGAUACCUAGCAACCACAUGGGGGCGAAGCUAGAAUGCUAUCCAAAUUAUGUGGAAAUCUUUUAGGGGGAGACUGCAAAACAAAACGCAUGUUGGCUCAAUCUGUAACGCUACAGCGAUAUUGAAGAGACCUAAACUAGUAGACAUGUUUACAGCCGAGGGCACUGAGACUGACUAAUAUCCAUCUCUAUAUGCUUUGGUUUAUUUGAUCCUUUUUAAACAAGACGUGGACGAGAGGGCAGGGACGUUGAACAGUUUGAUCCUCCCACACGGACCCUCUCUAGAGGCUGUCAGUGGACUCAUUGAGGUGCUGAGAACGAAGUGGUCGACAAUCUGGAGUGCCAUCAAUUUAUACCCAUCCUGUCUCUUUUGCUAGAAAAUGGAAAACAAAAACACUGGAAUGUCAUAAAAUGAACAAAUCAGUUUGUCUUGAA